AUGGAUGCCCUCAAGGCUGAGAUUGCUUCAAAACGCAAGGCCGACCCUCUUCUAGCGGUGCGACCGACGAAGUAUAUGAAGCGAGGCGACAUAGAACGUCUGCGCGAAGAACAGGAGCAGAAGGAACGGGAAGAAAAGCAAAAGGCGGCAGAGGCGCCCAAGCAAGCUGCCCCAAAGCUCACGGAUUCUAGACCAUCAUUGACGCCCACACGCGGGUCCACUGAGCGAGAAACCGAAUCUCCAAAACCUGCUGAAUCUUCAUACAACAUGUCGAAUGAGGAGACCAUCCGCAGACUUCGUGCUAAGGGCCAACCCAUUCGACUAUUCGGCGAGUCGGACAAGGAUCGUCGCCUGCGCCUUCGUGCUCUGGAACUCAUCGAAGAGAAGGGUCAUGACCGCCAGGGCGGUCAAAACGACUUCAAGAAAGCGUUGGAGGACGUCGAAAAGAGCGAGCUGGAGUCGAAGAGCAGGGCAACCAAAGGGAAGAAGAAGGAUGACUCCGAGGCUGCUGCCAACAAUGUCCUGGAUCUCGACCUAAUCAAGAGCGACCCCGACAAGCUAUAUCCCAUAAUCUAUUAUGCGUUGAAGAGGACCCUGAAAGAAUGGGAGGAGGCCAUGGAUGAACGACCAGAACAUGUCAAACGAACGACACAGGGGAAGUUAGCAGCUGCUACUCAAGUCCAGUCAGCGGAAUACCUGAAACCGCUAUUUAAAGCCCUUCGUUCGAGAUCGCUUCCUUCUGACAUGUUGGCUCGAAUUUCUGAAAUAGUACACCAUAUGCAAAAGCGGCAAUAUCAAAAGGCAAACGACUCCUACCUUCGUUUGUCCAUUGGGAAUGCACCGUGGCCGAUAGGUGUUACCAUGGUUGGUAUUCACGAACGUUCCGCGCGCGAAAAGAUCUCGGCAGAUCAAGUAGCACACGUCUUGAACGACGAAGUCAGCCGAAAGUACAUUCAAAGUUUGAAGCGGCUUUUAACGUUUUCUCAGACGAAGUACCCUCCAGCUGACAUAUCGCAGCUCAUGGGAUAG